AUGUCGUGGAGCAUCAUCAAAGAAUUACCGUUUAGCCUCCUGUCCAUCGGCAAAGGGAGCGGAGAUGCUAAUAGCGAGACUGGGGAAACCCCUGCAGCAAGUGACUUAAGCGCUGUGACUCUAGCGAAUGAAAUUGUUGCAAAAGUUACUGUUGAGGAAGCUUCGCGAGAAGGUUCCGCUGACGUAACGGCAGCAGCAGAGUCGAGUUGUCGUCCGGCAGGAGGGAUUGAAUUGACGGACAGGAGAGCGGGAGGGUGGGAGAGGCUUGAUGAGAUCGAGGGUGGUGCAGAGGGGAGCGGAGAGGGGGAGGGCGGAAGGGGAGGAGUGGAGGUGGGCACUGGGGGGGAAGGAUUGGGGGAGAGCGGGAAUGUGGGAGAAUGGGGAGAUUCGCCUAUGAUUACGUCAAUCAAAGCCGGGUCUGGGGAGGAAGAGUCAGAAGCGCGGGCAGGUGAACGGGCAGCAGGAAGCGCAGAAGUAUUGGAAGCAAGUAUUGACGAUGAAAUGAGUGCAGCAGCAGCAGCAGCAGCAGCAGCAGCAGCAGCAGCAGCAGCAGCAACAGCAGCAGCGGCGGCGGCAGCGGCGGCGGCGGCGGCAGUUGCAGCAGCAUUGGGAAGCCUAGGUUGCACGAGCAGUGUUGAAGGCAAGCAGACAAGCGCGGGGAACGGGGAGAAUGGGGCAGCAGCAUUGGGCAGCGCUGGUUGCUUGAUCGAUGCUGCUGUUGAGGAGAAGGAGACAAGUGCUGCAGAGGAGAUGAGUGCAGCAGCAGCAGCAGCAGCAGCAGCAUUGGGCAGCGCUGGUGGCACGAGCAGUGUUGCAGACAAGCAGCAAACAAGUUCUGUGAUGGGGCCAAGCCUGCUUGUGGGGGGCGUGGAGGCUCUUUUAAAGGGCUCAUCUGACGACAUAGGGCGGCUGAAAAAGGACCCUGCCCUCCCUGCUUGCUGUGCGCCUAAUGCUUUCCCUCUGCCCCCUGAAAUACCUUCUUCUGUGCGGCCAGGCUUGCUUGUGGGAGGCGUGGAGGCUCUUUUGAAAGGCUCCUCUGACGACAUAGGGUGGCUGAAAAAGGACCCUGAGCUCCCUCCUGUGACGGAUGUCACUGACAAUUACGAGGCGAUUCUGGAGUGUGUCAUGAGCGGCAUCCACGCUCUGCCCGACAACCUGGUCUACCUUUUAAUUCCAGGGUUAUUCAGCAAUCUCAGCCCGCUCUACCUGUUUGACACCAAGAGACAUUUUUCCUCCAUCGGCCUCGUCUGCCACAUUGCCAAGAUCCACAGUCAGGCCCCCAUAGAGGCCAACGCUAUAGCCAUCCGUGACUAUAUCGAGGAGCUCUUUUGGGCCACAAAAAAGAAGGUGCUCAUUCUGGGCCACAGCAAGGGCGCCAUGGAUGCAGCAGCAGCGCUCUCUCUCUACCAACCCCUCCUGCUUGACAAAGUCGCGGGUCUCGUUUUCAUCCAGAGCCCCUACGGGGGCAGCCCUGUGGCGUCUGAUUUGCUCCGGGAAGGCCAGUGGGGUGACGUGGCAUCUCGCACGAUCCUCGGGGUUCUCAUGGAUAAGAUUUUCGGCGGGGAUAUCGGGUGUUUGGACGAUUUGACCCACGCGAAAAGACGGGCGUUUCUCGCGAAGCACCCGUUUCCUGUGGGGGAAAUUCCGAUACUGUCCUUUCAUACGGAGGCGAGUAAGGCGGCAGCGGUGGUGGCGUCCCUGUCGACUGUGGCGCAUACUGAAGUGCCGUGGCUGGCACAGCAGAAUGCAAAGCUGGCCGUUGGAUUCCCGCUGUCGGCCGGGCUCGCGAUCAUGGCCGUCCAUCUGGAAUACAGCAAGCGAUGGGCUGAUAACGAGGGCAGAUGCAGAGGUGCUGGGGUCAGUGGUGAUGCGGAGCAGACAAAUAACUCACUGCUGUUUGCUCCCCUUCACCCUUCUCCACCGCUAACUAACCCUUUUCCACCGUCUCCACCUCCUCGUACGCGUCCCAGGUACGGAGCAGCAAGUGACGGGCUGGUAACGAGGGCAGAUGCAGAGGUGCCGGGGUCAGUGGUGGUGCGGAGCAGACGAAAACUAGACCAUGCCUUCAUGGUGUUCCCCCCCACCAGCGGAGUGGGGGGAGGGGGAGGGGGAGGAGGGGGAAGUGGCGGAACGGGGAGUGGGGGCGGGGGGAGCGGGGGAAGGGGGAGUGGGGGAGGGGGAAGUGGGGAGGCGGAAGCUGGGUUGCCGUGUGUGCAUGAGGCGAGUGCUGCUGAGAUGUGUGAGGCCCUGGCGACCACACUUCUGGCAACACUGCAGAUGCGGCCAAAAGAGGCCACCCUAUGA